AUGCUUGAGGAAGCCGAGAAUCACUACUUGCUGAUCUUGAGCGAUUCAGCGCUACCUAUCGGUUCAUUCGCGUACUCGUCAGGCCUCGAAUCUUUUUGCCAUCAUCAGCGACAAGCUGGGCAGCACGAUGCUGCAUCGUCCUUCCUGGACUUCCUGUACGACAGCCUACGAUCAAUAACGACAACCACAAUGCCAUUCUUACGGGCAGCAUAUCGUGAGCCUGAACGGUGCGCUGAGUUGGAUGACCUAUUCGAUGCGAAUACACCAUGCGUUGUCGCCCGGCGAUGCAGUAUUGCCCAAGGACGAGCACUACUCAAAUUGCUUGAAAGGGUGUUUGUCGAGGCAGAUCCAGUCACGCAAGAUGCAUCUUUGGGAAAUGCAGUGGUUACAUAUCGCAGAGCGAUUACGAAGCAAGCAUGUUCAGGGCACUUUGGCGUCGCGUAUGGCCUCACAGGUCGGGUACUCGGCAUUGGCAUCGACAAGCUUGUCUAUACGUUUCUACAUGCUCAUGUCAAGGCCGUUCUAUCUGCAGCUGUACGGCUGAGUCUCAUUGGGCCGUACGAGUCGACGCAUAUCCUGGCAUCCCGGCAGAUGCGAGAAGCAUUGACACAUGCAGCCAAGUUGAGCGAAGCAAUGUCUACUGAUGACUGUGUCCAGACCUUUGCCAUGCUCGAUGUCUAUCAGGGUCGCCACGAACUUCUAUACUCUCGCAUCUUUUCAGCUUAG